UUCCUUUGUUCUUAAUAAUCUUCAUAAUUGUCAACCGGCCGGAAUGUCAUCGUCCUCGUCGAGUAUGACAAAAAGGAAGAGAGGGAGAUCAGAGAGGGUUUUCAAAUUCAAGAACUUUGGAGAAAAUGGGUACCCCGCAGAGAUGAAUCGCCAUGGGUCAUUUAGGCAAAACGUGAAGGUGUUACUUGAAUAUGGAAACCAAGAGAUGAAUCUGUGCAAUGGAAUGUUGAUCUGGUCAUUUCAACUCGAGGUCAACCGUCAUCCUCCUCUCCAUGUCCUGUUGUUCGUCGUGGAAGAACCAAUUGAAUCUUCCCUCAACCUUCAUUGCAAACAUUGCCAAUACGUUGGAUGGGGACAUCAUAUGAUCUGCAAUAAGAAGUACCACUUUAUGCUGCCGUCUAAGGAUACCGUCGCCGCUUUUUUCAACUGCGACGCUAAUUGCAUCGACCCAAAUCAUCCAUCCAAGGAAAAACUUAGUUUGGUAGAAUUACAGGGCCAUGUCAUGCACGGUGUGUUCCACUGCAAUGGGUUUGGACAUCUCUUAUGCAUCAAUGGGGUGGAGACUGGAUCUGACUUGGCCGGACAUCAAAUCAUGGACUUUUGGGAUCGUCUUUGCACCGGCCUCCGAGCUAGGAAAGUGAGUUUAUGUGACGUUUCAAAGAAACGAGGAAUGGAAUUGAGGCUUCUCCACGGACUGGCGUACGGCAAGUCAUGGUUCGGUCGUUGGGGAUACGAGUUCGGCCGUGGAUGCUACGGCGUUACCCAGCCGACAUCUUGUAGAUGGUCAGCGAAGCGUGUCGAAGCCGCCACCCAAGUCAUCGUUGAAGCUUUGGAAAAGGUCAAGUUCAGGUGGGUUUCGAGGCAGGAAGUUAGGGAUGCGGCUCGUGCCUACAUUGGCGACACAGGACUGUUGGAUUUCGUGUUAAAGUCACUUGGAAAUCAUAUGGUCGGGAAUUAUCUAGUCCGUCGGUGCUUGAAUCCGGUGACCAAAGUGUUAGAAUAUUGCUUGGAAGAUGUUUCCGAUGUAUAUCCGAACCAAGAUUCAAUAACUAUCAACAAAUCCAAGGUGGUCAAUUCUAGGUAUAAGAUCACCAAGGCUCAAUUGAUGAAAGACAUCUUUUAUCUUUACAAGCAUGUUCUUAAAGAGCAGAAGCCGACGACACUUAACACUGAGAUUUUCAGUGCAUUGCCAGUGGCGGUAAGGAUAAUUCUUGAUACAAAAUUUUUUGUCAAAGAAUAUGGUGGAGAUUUGUCUACAAAAGUUGACACUGCCAGCAUAAAUGGCAAGUUAAGGCUGUUUUGCACUGUGAUGUUGAGAAACAAUGAAGAAAUUGAUUGUGAGGAGGUAAAAAGAAUAUUGACACCAUACGAAUGUGUUACUCUAAAAGAAAAUGCUACAUUUGAUGACCUUAAGUUGGAGGUUGAAAAGGAAUUUAGAGAAGUAUAUUGGAAAUUGGAGAAUUUCGUGGUUGAAUCAAUUGUUAAUGUUAAUGUAAAGGGGACGGACAUGGUUUCUAGGAAAAUUGAGAUGGGUCAGAAAAUUAUCUGUUUGGGAAGUAAGAAAGAGAGAGGGAUUCUUACCGAAGGAGGUGAAGGUAAUCAGAUGGUGGAUUGUCCUUGUGGAGCUAAAGAUGAUGAUGGUGAAAGGUUGGUCUUGUGUGAUGUUUGUGAAGUUUGGCAACAUAGUAGAUGUGUUGGAAUUCCAAAUAACAAGGAAAUCCCUCCAAUAUUCCUUUGUAAAAGAUGUGACCAAAACAUUAUGUUAUUGCCUUCUCUGCCAUGAUGACAACAUGCCCCUUAAAUGAAAAUCCCACUCAAAUGUGUUGGGAAAUGUUGGGAAUGCUUCCAAAGUUGUUGCCAAAUAAAGUUGCAAUGCACAU